AUAACGCAGAUAGUCGCCUACCAAUAUUGACACAGUUCUCGAAAUUCUUAAAUUAUUGAAUUCAUUCAUUCAGUUUUCUCAGUGAUAUAAAAAAACAACAUUCAAUCAACAGUUUCACGAAAAUUCUAUGAAUUUCAAUAUUCGGAUAUUCACUCGUUUCAAUACAUUAUUCAAUCAUCAAAUUGUUCAAUCAACUAGCAACAAGCAUGUCUCGUGAUACAUCAAUGAAACAAAAAAUUGGUGUAUGGAUUCCAAAAAUUCUAGAAGAAGAGAAGUUUGAAGACUAUCACAUUGUAAUAGAAAAUGAUGGAAUUAUUGGUGGGCACCUCUCAAGUUUGAUCUGUGCUAGAAUCGUUGGAACUACUUCUGAUAAUCAGAUCAAGGAAGUGAGUAUUGUUGUGAAGUAUAACAUACGAAAUAGUGUCAAAUUUCUCAAAGUGGCCUUCGAACGCGAGAUUUUCUGUUAUGAAAAGCUCAUCCCAGUUUUCAUAAAAUUCCAACAUGAUUUCAAGAUUCAAGAAGAUUUCAUUUCUGUACCCAAAUGCUACCAAACAUCAUCAUGCAAUGAUCAAACGGUUAUCGUUUUGGAAAAUUUGAAAAAACGUGGCUACCAGUUAUAUGACAGAAUGGAACCAAUGAAUUUGGACCACCAAAAAGUAGUGCUGAGAGAGUAUGCCAAGCUGCAUGCAGUAUCGCUGGCUAUGCGUGACCAAAAUUAUGAACAGUUCAAAAACCUUCAUGAGAAUCUUUCAAAUGUAUCAAAACUGUAUUUCCAAGAAGACUCCACUGUGAAAAUCCUAACCAAGUAUAUGAAAUGUGCACGGGAUAUUCUGUUGAGAAGAAACGAGAUGGAUUUGGUUAAGGAACUUGACUGGAUUCUUGAAAAUGGACCCACCAAUAUCAUUCUUGAUACUGUUCUAAAUGAUCGUGUUGAUCAUUGCGUUGUAGUUCAUGGAGAUUCUUGGAAUAACAAUAUUAUGUUCAAGUAUAAG